GAGGGCGGAUGCGCGUCGGGAAAGCGACGGCGGCGGCGGGCGGAGAGGGUCCCAGCUCGACCCCGCAGGCCUCGGGCCGCGGCCAUGCGACGCCCGAGGCGAGGUCUCGGCUGGUCCCCCCGGCCGCAGGAGCUCUGGAGCCCCAGGACCAUGGACGCUCUUAACAGGAACCAGGGAGGCCCUGGAUGCAAGACCCAAGCAAUGGUAAAGAAAGGGCCCUUGGACCUGAUUGAGACAGGCAAAGGGCUGAAAGUGCAAACGGACAAACCACAUCUGGUGAGCCUGGGCAGCGGGCGGCUCAGCACGGCUAUCACCCUUCUGCCUCUGGAGGAAGGGAAGACAGUGAUUGGCUCCGCGGCCAGGGACAUCUCACUGCAGGGUCCGGGCCUGGCUCCAGAGCACUGCUACAUCGAGAACGUGCGGGGCACCCUCACCCUCUACCCUUGUGGCAACGUCUGCAGUAUCGAUGGGCUCCCUGCCCGGCAGCCCACCCGGCUCACUCAGGGCUGUAUGUUGUGCCUGGGCCAGUCCACCUUCCUCCGCUUUAACCACCCAGCCGAAGCCAAGUGGAUGAAGAGCAUGAUUCCGGCCGGGGGCCGGGCCCCAGGGCCCCCCUACAGUCCUGGCUCAGCAGAGUCAGAAAGCCUGGUGAAUGGCAACCACAGCCCACAGCCGGCAACCCGGGGACCCUCCGCCUGUGCCAGCCACAGUUCCCUGGUGAGCUCUAUUGAGAAGGACCUGCAGGAAAUCAUGGAUUCACUGGUGCUAGAGGAGCCUGGAGCUGCAGGCAAGAAGCCUGCCGCGACUUCCCCACUGUCGCCCAUGGCUAAUGGGGGGCGCUACUUGCUGUCCCCCCCAACCAGCCCUGGCGCCAUGUCUGUGGGCUCCAGCUAUGAGAACACGUCUCCAGCCUUCUCUCCACUCUCCUCACCAGCUAGCAGCGGAAGCUGUGCCAGCCACUCACCCAGCGGGCAGGAGCCAGCGCCUUCCAUGCCCCCGCUGGUACCUGCCCGUUCUUCUAGCUACCAUCUGGCCCUGCAGCCCCCACAGUCCCGACCGAGCGGUGCCCGCGCCUCUGAGAGCCCCCGCUUGGGCAGGAAAGGGGGUCAUGAGAGGCCUCCCAGUCCUGGCCUCCGAGGCCUGCUGACAGACAGCCCUGCAGCCACUGUCUUGGCGGAGGCCCGCAGAGCCCCCGAGAGCCCCCGGCUGGGUGGACAGCUGCCCAUGGUGGCUAUCAGCUUGAGUGAGUACCCAGCUUCCGGGGCCCGAAGCCAACCCACCAGCAUUCCUGGUAGCCCCAAGUUCCAGCCUCCGGUCCCUGCUCCCCGAAACAAGAUUGGCACACUCCAGGACCGCCCUCCCAGCCCUUUCCGUGAGCUGCCGGGCACCGAGCGGCUGUUGACAACCAGCCCCUCACGCCAGCUGGUGGGCCGAACAUUUUCCGAUGGGCCAGCCGCCCGCACCCUGCAGCCUCCCGAGAGUCCCCGCCUGGGCCGGCGGGGCCUGGACAGUAUGCGAGAACUCCCUCCGCUGAGCCCAGCUCUGUCCCGACGGGCACUGUCCCCCAUGCCCACCAGGACUGCUCCAGAUCCCAAGCUCACCAGAGAAGUGGCAGAGAGUCCCCGGCCCCGGCGCUGGGCCGCCCAUGGGGCCUCACCAGAGGACUUCUCACUGACCCUGGGGGCUCGGGGCCGGAGGACACGGAGCCCCUCACCCACACUUGGGGAGUCCCUGGCACCCCGCAAGGGCAGCUUCAGCGGCAGGCUGAGCCCAGCCUACAGUCUGGGCUCUCUCACUGGGGCUUCGCCCCGCCAGAGCCCCCGCGCCCAGAGGAAGCUGUCCAGUGGGGACUUGCGGGUGCCUGUCACUCGGGAGCGGAAAAAUAGCAUCACAGAGAUCAGUGACAAUGAGGACGACCUCCUGGAGUACCACCGGCGGCAGCGCCAAGAACGGCUCUGGGAGCAGGAGAUGGAGAGGCUGGAACGCCAGCGCCUGGAGACCAUUCUGAACCUGUGUGCUGAGUACAGCCGGGCCGACGGGGGGCCCGAGGCCGGGGAGCUGCCCAGCAUUGGGGAGGCCACCGCAGCCUUGGCACUGGCAGCCCGGAGGCCCUCACGGGGCCUUUCAGGCGCCACUGGGGCCUCUGGGCGGAGCGCUGAGGAGCCUGGAGGUGCCCCCCAGCGCCUGUGGGAGUGCGUGGACCGCUCGGACGAGGAGAACCUCAGGGAGGAGUGCAGCAGCACUGAGAGCACCCAGCAGGAGCAUGAAGAUGCACCUGGCGCCAAGCUCCAGGCCGAGGCGCUGGCCCUGGAAGAGGAGCGGGCUCAGGUGCUGGGGCGCGUGGAGCAGCUCAAGGUCCGCGUGAAGGAGCUGGAACAGCAGCUGCAGGAGUCGGCCCGGGAGGCUGAAAUGGAGCGGGCGUUGCUGCAGGGGGAGAGGGAGGCAGAGCGGGUGCUACUGCAGAAGGAGCAGAAGGCAAUGGACCAGCUGCAGGAGAAGUUGGUGACCUUGGAGACCGGCAUCCAGAAGGAGAGGGACAAGGAGAGGGCGGAGCUGGCCACGGGACGGAGGCACCUGGAGGCCCGCCAGGCGCUCUACGCCGAGCUCCAGACGCAGCUCGAUAACUGCCCCGAGUCAGUGCGGGAACAGUUACAGGAGCAGCUGAGAAGGGAGGCCGAGGCCCUGGAGACGGAGACAAAGCUGUUUGAGGACUUGGAGUUCCAGCAGCUGGAGCGGGAGAGCCGCGUGGAGGAGGAGCGGGAGCUGACUGGCCAGGGGCUGCUCCGGAGCAAGGCCGAGCUGUUCCGCAGCAUCACCAAGAGGAAGGAGCGCCUGGCAAUCCUGGACAGCCAGGCGGGGCAGAUCCGGGCCCAGGCCGUGCAAGAGUCGGAGCGCCUGGCAAGGGACAAGAACGCUUCCCUGCAGCUGCUGCAGAAGGAGAAGGAGAGACUGACUGUGCUGGAGGGGAGAUACCACUCACUCACAGGAGGCCGGCCCUUCCCGAAGACCACAUCCACUCUCAGAGAGGCUGAACUGCUCAUCUCCGAGUCCUCAGAGAUGGGGCUGGGAUCUGCGACUCUGGUCCCUUUCCCAGGGUCUUCUGAGCCUGGGGCCUCCUCUGUCCCCCUAACCCCACCUGCUUCCACUCAGCUCAGCCCCAAAGCACAAGAGAUGGAGGAGCUGCUUCUCCCUGCUGUAGACUUAGAGCAGUGGUACCAGGAGCUGAUGGCCGGGCUGGGGACCGGCCCCGCGGCGGCCUCCCCGCGCUCCUCUCCCCCGCCUCUGCCUGCCAAAGCUUCCCGGCAGCUGCAGGUUUACCGCUCCAAGAUGGAUGGUGAGGCCACAAGCCCCCUGCCCCGGACCCGCAGUGGCCCCCUCCCCUCUUCCUCUGGCUCUUCUUCCUCUUCCUCCCAGCUCAGCGUGGCUACCCUGGGCCGGAGCCCCUCCCCAAAGAGUGCUCUACUCGCCCAGAACGGGACAGGUAGCCUCCCUCGCAACCUGGCGGCCACGCUGCAGGACAUCGAGACCAAGCGCCAGCUGGCCCUGCAGCAGAAGGGCGAGUCGCUUCCUGCCGAGCCCCCCCCAGCCGACAACCCAGCAGGGCAGCAGGUGAUUGAGGAGCAGCGGCGGCGCCUGGCCGAGUUGAAGCAGAAGGCUGCCGCCGAGGCGCAGUGCCAGUGGGAUGCCCUGCACGGGGCGGCCCCCUUCCCGCCGGGCCCCUCCGGCUUCCCCCCGCUCAUGCACCACUCCAUCCUGCACCACCUGCCGGCCGGCCGGGAGCGCGGGGAGGACAGCGAGCAUGCCUACGACACGCUGAGCCUGGAGAGCUCGGACAGCAUGGAGACCAGCAUCUCCACAGGCGGCAACUCGGCCUGCUCGCCCGACAACAUGUCCAGUGCCAGCGGCCUGGACGUGGGCAAGAUCGAGGAGAUGGAGAAGAUGCUGAAAGAAGCGCACGCGGAGAAGAGCCGGCUCAUGGAGUCCAGGGAGCGGGAGAUGGAGCUCCGGCGGCAGGCCCUGGAGGAGGAGCGGAGGAGGCGUGAGCAGGUAGAGCGGAGGCUGCAGAGCGAGAGUGCCAGGAGGCAGCAGCUGGUGGAGAAGGAGGUCAAGAUGCGGGAGAAACAGUUUUCCCAGGCACGGCCUCUGACCCGCUACCUGCCAAUCCGGAAGGAGGACUUCGACCUGAAGACCCACAUUGAGUCGUCGGGCCACGGUGUCGAUACCUGCCUGCACGUGGUGCUCAGCAGCAAGGUCUGCCGCGGCUACUUGGUCAAGAUGGGCGGCAAGAUUAAAUCAUGGAAGAAGCGCUGGUUUGUCUUCGACCGGCUCAAGCGCACCCUUUCCUAUUACGUGGACAAGCAUGAGACGAAGCUGAAGGGGGUCAUCUACUUCCAGGCCAUCGAGGAAGUGUACUAUGACCACCUGCGCAGUGCAGCCAAGAGCCCGAACCCAGCCCUCACCUUCUGCGUGAAGACCCAUGACCGGCUGUACUACAUGGUGGCGCCGUCCGCAGAGGCCAUGCGCAUCUGGAUGGAUGUCAUCGUCACCGGAGCCGAGGGCUACACUCAGUUCAUGAACUGACCACACCAGUCAUGGCGUGGGCCUCUGGACCCUCAGGCCAGCCCACCUGCUGCACGGCUCGGCCCCUGGAGAAGAGCCGCAGCCUGGGCCCCAGGCCGCGCAGGAGUGCUCCCAGAGCCCUUGUACAAGCCUUGGUACUGUUCUAAGGAGUGGGUCCUGUGAAUGUCUGAGCUCAGGCCCCCUAAAGAACCAGCCAGCAGAUAAAAAGUGGGGAGGCUCCCGGGAACUCAGAAUUUGCAAUAACCCUUCAGGGUCCUGGCCCAGGCUGCGGAACUGGCACAGAGGGGGCCUCAAGCUCUGACCUGGCACCUGCGCUCCCCAGCCUGGGCUCGCUUUCUCAAAGGACAAAUGAUGGUACCAGAAUCUGCCAAAGAUCCCCUCUUGCCUCAGCCCCCCGUUGCAGGGGCCUUGGGGGCUGAGGAGAGCCACCUCCGGAGUGGGGGAGCAGCUCAGGCGGUGUACUUCUCAAAUCCCACUCCCCCGCAAUUUUGUUAUUACUUUGUUCAAGGGCCAGAGACCUCAAGUGUCAGCCUUGAGGCCCCAACCCCAUCCCCUGAUCUCCAUAGUGACUGCUUCAUCGCCAUGGUCACAUACUCAUGGCUGUGACUCUGUGGCUCCGCCCAUGCUUCAACCGUGGGCCCAUUUGAGGGUACGUACCGCCAUCUCUCCAGCUGGGGGGGGGGAGGGGAAGAGACCAACCCCCCCCCUCCCUGCCGGCCCCCCAGUCCAGCCCUCUCCUUCCACUCGUGCCUUGCUUAGAGCCAGAAGGGACGAAGCUCGGACAUCCAGAGACUGGAGGAGGAGGGAAGCCGCUGGGAGAGGCGGCUGGACGGGUUCUGUACAGGCUGAGUGUCUAACGGGUGGAGGGCUGCUCAGAUGCCCCCAGUGGGAACCUGAGCAGGAGAGGAGGCAGCAGAGCGAGAGGACCCUGAGGUCUGGCUGCCCUCCCUUCAGCCUCGGAAGGGUGACAGAAAUGGGGAGCAGAGGACCAGGCCACCAGCUGUCUGGCCUCGGCCCUUCAUGCCUUAACACUAAGCCCACCUCCCUGCCCACCACUGGGCCAUGGCUGCUGGGCCCCGGGCUGGGUGAUUUUCAGUAUUUGUAAGCAUCUCAACAGAACAAUAAAGCAUUUGGAGUAUG